AUGGUGUUUCGCAUCCCGCAAGAACAGAGACAAGAUUUGAUCGAUAGAAUGACCGAUAACUUGAGCGCGAUUGGGUUUCACUGCUUCGGCGAUAGCAUCGCAAACGCUCGAGAAGUGUGCGAAAACAUCGAGAAGAAAGCUUUCGGCGUGGCUGAUGUUGCAUCGACGACGACGGUGGAAGUUCAUCACAAAGAAGGUGUUUCUGGGGAUCGACCGAUGAAGGAGUCCAUGUCCUUAUACAUCUCCAAAGCAGCGGAGUUGAUGAAGGAGGAGUGCUUGAGACGAGCUGACAGCGCCGAUAGUAAAGGCGGUGGGGCGUCAACCUCAGAAGUAGUGUCGUCAAAAGCGGUGCAAGAUAAAGACCAUUUUGAUGUCGCUCUAGAUUCUACGGACAGGGAGUUUUACACCGGUCCGAGAGCGGAAGAAGUGCUCGCGCCGUUGUUGCAACCAAACGCCUCGUUCAAGUUUGUGCGAUUAUCGACGAAGAGUUGGGGGAUUGAUGCCGCUAAAGUUGCCAAGAAAGCGUUUGAAAACUUGAAGGGUACUUUGGAAGUCGUUGAUUUAGCGGAUACGAUUGCAGGAAGACCAGAGGUGGAAGCUUUGAAGGCGAUGGAAAUCAUGUGCGAAGGUCUCUCUGUGUGUAAGCUGAAGGAGGUAGACUUAUCGGACAAUGCCUUUGGUGAAAAAGGCGUUCGAGCAUGUGCUAAACUGUUGCAAUCGCAAUCAACUUUAGAAGGUAUUUCUUUUUUAAACAAUGGCAUCUCUGAACAAGCUGCGAGAGCGAUUUCGGAAUUGUUAGCCUCGCCGGCGACGCUGAAAAAGUACCACUUGGAUAAGAACAUGACGGGAGACGAAGGAACCGUCCACGUCGCCGCUGUUUUAGAAAAAGCGACGGGAAUAGAAGAUUUCAAGAUGGCAGGUUCGAGAUUUACGAGCGAUGGCGCGCUGAUGCUUGCAAAGGCUCUGUUACAUGGAAGCUCGUUGAAAAAAUUGAACCUGACCGAUAACAACGUCAAUGAAGAAGGUGGCGAGGCAUUUCUUGAAGUUUUUAAGAAGCACUCCAAGCUGGAAUAUUUGAAUCUCGAAGCGACAGCGCUUGGCGAGGAAAUUACUGGAAAGGUUACCCAAGUUGUCGCCGAACAUUGUCCCGACCUCGAAACGUUGAUAUUAUCUGCGAACGACAUCCUUAGAGAAGGGGUAGAUUCUGUCGCUGAAGGCAUCGCAAAGAUGAAGAAACUAAAAGUCUUGAAAAUCACGGAUAACGAGUUAGGAGAUGCCGGUGUGGCAAAAAUAUGCGUCGCACUACAAACCUCCGCUGCUAAACUCGAAGAGCUGGACGUCUCGUGCAACGAAAUUUCUAAGUCUGGUGCCGAAGCGGUUUCAAAAUUAGCUGCGACUAGUCUGAAAUCAACCAUCAAGAAAGUUAACUUGGAUCAAAACUGGAUUCAAGAAGACGCUAUUGAAAGCAUUCAGAAAAUAUUUGCUGACGCGGGAUUAGAUUCUGUGCUGCAGGCGCUCGAAGAUAACGACCCGGACGGAGAACCAGAUGAAGAUGAGGCAGAUGAAGUUGCGAAUUUGAUAGCGAAGUUAAUGGUUUGA